AUGGAUAAAGACUUCCGCUACUACUUCCAGCACCCGUGGUCUCGCUUAGUUGUGGCUUACUUAGUGAUCUUCUUUAACUUCUUAAUAUUUGCUGAGGACCCAGUAUCUCACAGUCAGACAGAAGCCAAUGUUAUUGUUGUUGGUAAUUGUUUCUCCUUUGUAACAAAUAAAUACCCUGAAGGAGGAGGCUGGAGAUUUUUGAAGGUGCUUCUGUGGCUGCUUGCCAUUCUCACAGGACUCAUAGCUGGGAAAUUUCUCUUCCAUCAGCGCCUGUUUGGUCAGUUGCUCCGUCUGAAAAUGUUUCGAGAGGACCACGGGUCUUGGAUGACAAUGUUCUUCAGUACCAUCCUCUUCCUCUUCAUUUUUUCUCACAUUUAUAAUCUGUUCCUCAUUAUGGCAGGGAAUAUGAGUGCAUACAUUAUAACAGACUUCAUGGGCAUGAGGAACGAAAAUUUUAUGAAGGUAGCUGCAGUUGGGACUUGGAUGGGAGAUUUUGUCACAGCAUGGAUGGUAAGAAACAUAAUAUUACAUUAUAAAAGAAAAGGAAU